UGAACUUUCAGGGGGCGGGGCUCACCCGGUCCGGUCCAGUUAAAAGGGUGGGAGCGUCCGGGGGCCCAUCUCUCUCGGGUGGAGUCUUCUGACAGCUGGUGCGCCUGUCCCGGGAACAUCCUCCUGGCCUCAAUCAUGGCUUGUGGUCUGGUCGCCAGCAACCUGAAUCUCAAACCUGGAGAGUGCCUUCGAGUGCGAGGCGAGGUGACCCCUGACGCCAAGAGCUUCGUGCUGAACCUGGGCAAAGACAGCAACAACCUGUGCCUGCACUUCAACCCUCGCUUCAACGCCCACGGCGACGCCAACACCAUCGUGUGCAACAGCAAGGACGGCGGGGCCUGGGGGACCGAGCAGCGGGAGGCUGUCUUUCCCUUCCAGCCUGGAAGUGUCGCAGAGGUGUGCAUCACCUUUGACCAGACUAACCUGACCAUCAAGCUGCCAGAUGGAUACGAAUUCAAGUUCCCCAACCGCCUCAACCUGGAGGCCAUCAACUACAUGGCAGCUGACGGUGACUUCAAGAUCAAGUGUGUGGCCUUUGACUGAAAUUAGCCAGCCCAUGGCCCCCAAUAAAGGCAGCUGCCUCUGCUCCCUCUGAA